AGAGACAGACAGACAGACUGACUGGCAGACCAGCAGAGGAAAGAACAAACAUUAGACAGUCUGAGAGAGGAGUGAAAUACUGAUGAUGGAUCUCAAGUCAGUAAUGGAAAUUUUGUUCCUCAAAUUUGUCAAGCGCUUUAAGAUGGUAGAGCUUGAGGGAGUCCCUUUGAUCAAGGACACAGUGGAGCAAUGGGAUGCGAUAUGGAAUUUUAAAGCCCGUCCGGAUGAUCUUCUCAUUUGCACUUACCCCAAAGCAGGGACCACGUGGGUGCAAGAAAUUGUGGACAUGGUCCAGCAGGGAGGGGACCUACAGAAAUGUGCUCGGGCUCCCAUCUAUGAACGGAUGCCCUUCUUAGAGAUGUGCCCGCCGAAACCCAUCCGCACAGGUUUUGAAGAGGCGGAGGCGAUGCCCUCUCCGCGCACGCUCAAAUCUCACCUCCCGGUCCAUCUCCUGCCCCGUUCCUUCUGGGAGCAGAACUGCAAGAUCAUUUAUGUGGCCAGGAAUGCCAAGGACAAUGCGGUCUCUUACUUCCACUACCACCGCAUGAACAAGCUGCUGCCAGAGCCAGGAAACUGGGAUGAGUUUCUGGAGAAUUUCAUUGCUGGGAAGGUUGCCUGGGGCUCUUGGUUUGACCAUGUUCAGCAUUGGUGGGAAGCUAAGGACCGUCACCCGAUUCUGUACCUCUUUUAUGAAGACAUGAAGGAGGACCCAGCCCGGGAAAUCCAAAAGGUGGCCCAAUUCCUGGGCAUAGAGCUCACGGAACCAGUUCUAAACCGGAUCGUGCAGCACACACAGUUUGAUAGUAUGAAAACAAACCCGAUGGUUAAUUACACCACCCUGCCUCCUGCCGUCUUAGACCACAACAUUUCUCCAUUCAUGAGAAAAGGCAUCGUCGGAGACUGGAAGGAGCUCUUCACAGAAGCUCAAAGGAAAAGGCUGGAUGACGCCUGUGCCCGGUUGUUGGCGGGCAGCGGCCUGACCUUCCGUGCACAGCUAUAAGUGCCCCUGAGCCUCUGAUCUUCAAGAAAAUGUACUUGCAGGGUGUUGAUUUUAACUGCAUGUAAUAAAAUAAGGCAGGA